CAGCUGUUUCUCCAUAUUCCCAUAUUCGCGUCUGAUCCUCCAACAAUGAUAUCCGGUACUCAUUAUGCCGCGAAGACCAAGGACCUCUUGGGUUUGGUCAACCAGUUACACAGUCUAGGUGCUCAGCGAGACCUUGACCUCCCACGUAUCGCAGUGAUAGGAAACCAAAGCGCAGGAAAAUCGAGCGUCGUAGAGGCUAUAUCAGGAAUCAAUGUUCCAAGAGACGCUGGAACAUGUACUCGCUGCCCCAUGGAAUGUCGCCUGGCCUCAUCCUCGAAACCAUGGCAAUGCAAGGUUUCCAUCAGGCGAGAAUAUGACAAGAACGGGGAACGUUUGGAUGACAUCUCAGAGACGCCUUUUGGCGGGAUCAUAACGGACAAGUCUGCUGUUGAACCUCUUCUCAGGCGCGCCCAGUUAUCUGUUUUGAACCCUAUGAUCCCUCUCGACAGAAUCCUAGAUUCGACCCCGGAGGAGCUCACUAAGUGGUCCCAAGAAUCUCAGGACGUGCAACCCUUUUCGCGUAAUGUCGUCUGCGUGGAUUUGAGCGGACCAGAAUUGACCGAUCUUUCUUUCAUUGAUCUUCCUGGUUUAAUCCAGAAUGCUGAAAAUAACGUUGUCAGUCUUGUAGAAGAUCUUGUAGUGUCCCACAUCAAGGGUAACUGCUUGAUAUUGGUCACUCUUCCAAUGACAGAUGACAUAGAAAACCAGAAGGCUGUACAACUGGCGCGAACACAAGACCCUCGAGGUCGACGUACCAUUGGGGUCUUGACAAAACCCGACAUGCUUACUGCUGGUUCCACCAAAGCCCUGCACUUAUGGCUAGAUGUGAUCGAAGGACGUCGCCAUCCUCUCACUCAUGGCUACUACUGCACUAGGCAACCUGACGACAAGGACAGAGAAGAAUCCAUCACACCUGAGCAGGCUCGAGCCAAAGAAAAACUAUUUUUCGAAACUACUCUUCCCUGGUCAAAAUGUACUCAAAAGAAGCGAUUCGGCACUGACAACUUGAUUGAUACUCUCAGCCGUCUCCUCAUUCAAGUUAUCAACGAAACUCUCCCCGUUAUCCGUUCAGAGGCAAUGGAAGCGUUAGAAGAAUGCCGUACGGAGCUUACCACAAUUCCUACAGCAAUCAAUGAAGAACCCGCUACCUACAUGCUAAAACUUGUCACGUCUUUCUCUACUGAGGUCCAAAGCCUUGUCCGUGGUCGAUCGGACGCGAGUCGUUUGAUCCACGAGAACCGGCAGGCUUUUAAAGAUUUGAAAAUUGCAAUCCGACGUACUGCACCAAAUUUCGUCCCUGUGGAGGAUGAUCAGCCUCAGCCCGUCAUGGUUAACUCGCUGGAAGAUGGGGAAGAAGAAGAUCUGGCUCCGGAACUUAACACGGAUGAACCCUUCACCUUGACUGCCAUGAAGCGUCAUAUUCAAAGGUCCCUAACGCGCGAGCUUCCCAAUAAUGUACCUUUCGAAGCCAAAGUUGAACUGAUUACUGCUUUCCAAGCUACGUGGCAUGCUUCUGUCAUGAACUGCUUCAAUCGCGUGCAAGGAUGCACGUACGAAGUCUUGAUGGGGUGUAUCGAAAGAGACUUUGCUCGAUAUGCAAUUCUUAAAGGACAUCUAAAGACGUUUAUCAUGGAAUUGAUGAAUGACUGUCGCGCGACUUGCUCGGUUGUCCUGAAUGCCACCCUAGAAGUCGAGAAGAGCCCGUUCACACAAAACACCCACUAUCUCGAGGACACAACGGAUAAAUGGCUGGCGAAAUACAAAAAUAUUCGAGCUGGGAAGACGAUUAGGUCAGCGGAGCCUCCAGCGAAGAGACAGAAGACUGACGUGCGCGCAACCUCGACGCCACCCGAGCCCACCGAUGGACGAGCUAAAACAUCCAAGGCGUCCCAGCAAGUCAAUGGCACCCCAUCAAAGCAGGGUAAGGGCGCCCCAAAGCCGGCUCAGGAUCAGGUGCAGCAGACCCAAGCCAAACCCGGAGUUUUCCAAUUCGAUGGUUUCGGUACCCCCAAUUCACCAUUCGUAUUUGGUUCCCCUGCAUCCGCUUCACAAACAUCUAAAGCAGCAGCUGCUCAGCCUGCUCAAGCUCCUUUGUUAUCCGAUGCUGAUAUUGCCGCAAGGGCUGAGAAAGUUCAGGAGGCUUUGGCCGCAUUGGCAGCCCUUGGCUAUACAGUGAAGCCGGAAGAUCUGGGAAAAUUGAAUCCUACGGACAUGUUUGAGACGGAGCUAAAAGUAAUGGCAGAGGUGCGGGGGUACUUCCAGGUCGCGUAUAAGCGUGUUAUCGACAACAUACCGUCCUUCAUAGAUCUGCUGUUCGUCAGAAAGGUGGCGGAAGAGUUGCAGCCCUUCCUGAUCUCCAAAUUCGGCUUGGGAACUGCUGCCGCGAACGAGAAAUGUGGCAGGUACCUGGAGGAGGAUCCGGCGCUGGUCGCUCGAAGGGAGGAACUGAUUAGUCGAGAGAAACGUCUGAUGAACGUACAGAAGGAGCUUAACAGCUUCGGGAUAUCGACGCAGACGUAAACGGAACAGGGUUUCAUGUCUAAAGGAUUGCUCGCACUGACUAUACCCUUGCCUCGUCGCCUGGCCCUCCCAACGUCGCUGGAUGUCCGUUUCCGUCUAUUUCCAUUUUGCGAAUGCCCACAAUACCCUGUCAUAAUGUACUCCAAGCUGAGGAGUCCCGAGCUCGAGUUUGUACGCAGGAUAAUCGUCUUGUCUGAUCUAGAGGUGAAACUACUGGCUCUUUGGACACCUAGCACACGAAUAGAGUUCGUGUCACCAUAUACUGGAUACGCUAGCGAAUUGAUGUUGUUGGAUUUAUAGAACAAUAUAAUAGUAUAAUAGUUGUUUUUGGGGAAGUUAUAUGUA